CUCGGUUGAUCCGGGAUCUCAGCGAAUCCGCUCCGGCGCAAUCCGCUUACCAGAUGGACAUUGCGGUGGGUCGAGAGAGAAACGGGGUUAAUAGGAAAUUGGCGUCGGGUCUACACAGGUGCAUUGAGCGAGCGGUUUUUUUCCGGCGCGCGCAUACAGAGAGGGCGAGAGGAAGCUGAUCAGGACGCGAAUGGGAAGGUUGGGAGCUUACUCUCUCCUCAAACGCAUAUUACCAGAGGCUAUUCAAUCUCCUUUUCUCGCAUCUUCUCGACAUUCAGUAGAAACCAAACGUCUAUCCACGAAUCACUCUGCCAGCGGUGGCGUUGAUGGCCAUGGAUUUUUGGGUUGGAAUCAUGAAUUGGGUCAGAAACAGGCAAUCGAGUCUCAGGAAGAGGAAAUCAGAUGCAUUCCUAUCAAAGCUUACUUCCUAUGUACCAGUAUUGAUUUAAAGAGCAUGCAGACAGACAACGCUUACAAUGUCAUUCCUCCAACUUCUCGGUCAUUGAACUAUGUUACUCUCCGAUAUUGUGAUUUUCCACCUGAGAUUACUGGUAUGCGAAUCAAAUUGGAUUGGAGUUGCUACCGUUACAUGGUUGUAUUCCAGUAUGGAUCUGCCGUCUUGUUUAAUGUUGCAGAUCAUGAAGUGGAGGGGUAUCUCGAUGUUGUUAGGAAACAUGCUUCUGGAUUGCUCCCUGAAUUGAGAAAGGAUGACUAUGCUGUGGUAGAGAAGCCACAAUUGGUAACAUGGAUGCAAGGAGGCCAUGAUUAUAUUGUUCUUCAGAGUCUGGACACUGAUGGAAUACGCAUUAUUGGAAGUGUACUUGGCCAAAGUAUUGCUCUUGAUCAUUUCAUUUGGCAGGUUGAUGGUAUAGUUGAGGAAUUCACAGAUAUUAAUCGCAGCAUGGAGAAGAGUGGCACCUUUACCAUGCAGAGGAAGAAGCUCUUUCAACUUGUAGGGAAGGCGAACUCAAAUCUUGCUGAUGUGAUUCUAAAACUUGGUCUUUUUGAGAGAUCUGAAAUUGCUUGGCGCGAUGCAAACUAUGCCCAGAUAUUGGAAUACCUUCGAGAUGAGUAUGAGCUUGCGCAACGUUUUGGAAGCCUCAAUUUCAAAUUGAAAUUUGUGGAGCACAACAUCCACUUUCUGCAAGAAGUUCUGCAACACCGAAGGUCAGAUCACUUGGAAUGGUGUGUCAUCGUACUGCUAAGUAUAGAUAACAUACUAUCAAUAUAUGAAAUAGUCCAUGAAUCUGCCAUAACCCCUCUCUAAGAAAGCCCAUAUUGGAAAUUCCCUCAUUGCUGUAACAAGGAGACUGGUUGCCGAAAUCUUCCGACUUCUGAAAAUUGUAGGUACAUUGGGUCCUGAAGUACCACUUUUCCUACUCUGCACCUGCUCCUGCUUGUUUGCUGCUGUUAACUGAGUGAGCCUCUACGACUGUUGUUGGCGUGUCUUGAAUCGAGGCUUUAGCAAAUACUUGUUUACGAAAUCGAUAGCGGGUUUGUCUCCCAUUAACAUUCAUAAAAUUUUCUCUAUAGCGUUUGCAUUGCAAUAUUUGUAAUAAGACCUUUCUUUAUAAUCAUUUGAAAUUGUUGGCAGUAUAAUUGUGUUAUUAUGAUCAGUGAUGUUUCACAUUAUUGGUUCAUGACCUGCGCACACAUUUUUACAUUCGAAUAUCAUCUUUUGUCACCGUGCUCUAUUUUCUUUUCAUCUUUUCAGUUCCUUAGAAUUCAGAGGAAAUGAGAAUAUAUGGGAAAAAUGUAAAAUUUUCAAUGUAUGUGAGGGAUUAGAGUUUUUACCGAGGCUACAUGAGUUUAUGGAUCUCUGCCCAUCUGCAUUCCAACACAUUUUCCAAGAUGGAACAUGUGCAAGAUCUGAGUGGGCCCUCUGGUAGGACACUAGAUAAAUUCUUGCCCAAAAUAUAGGGCAACAUAAUUUUUAUUUAUUUAUUUAUUAUUAUCAUUAUUCAAUGUAGCCCUCCUGAUAAGUAAACCUGCCAGACACUCAGGCUUUGGGGAAUCUGCACAGUGCGGGCAACCUCAUUCACUGCUCGGAUAUUGCAUGCAGAGCUGAACACGUAGGUGGACUACGUGUUAGAUAUGUUCCUGGGAAGUCUAGCUUUCAUGUGUUAACGGAUCUUGUUUAUCUAUGAUCACUUGGUGGAAUGUAGUCUUUUACUUUUUAUUUAUUUAUUUUAUGUCAUUAAUCGUUUAUGAAACUCAUGGAUUAAAUAUGUUGAGGAUGUGUUUGGUUUUUCCAAUUAUAAUGGUAAAUGGCUGGAAAUGGAUAAUGAUUACUUCUGUAA